UUCUGUUCUGUUCUGUUCUGUUCUGUUCUAGUCUAGUCACCAAGGUGGCACAGUGGUUAGAGUGCACUACUGCAGGCUACUUCAGCUGACUUCUAGCUGCAGUUCGGCAGUUCAAGUCCCACCAGGCUCAAGGUUGACUCAGUCUUCUGUCCUUCCAAGACUGGAAAUCAGGAUCCAGAUAGCUGUGUGGAGAAAUUGUUGCAAAGCUACACAACCGCUGCUGCCUGCGGAGUUGACUGUUUUGAAGCUCUGAUAACUGCAGCAUGGCUUCCUCUAAGCCUAUAGGCAAGUUCUGGGAAUGGGGCAAGAACAUCUUCUGCGUGGGGAGGAACUACACAGCCCAUGCCAAGGAGCUGAAGAAUGCUCUCCCCGCUGAGCCGCUCUUCUUCCUCAAGCCCUCCUCGGCCUACGUCAGGGAAGGCCAUCCCAUCAUCCAGCCUUACUAUUGCGAUAAGCUGCACCACGAGGUGGAGCUGGGCGUAGUGAUUGGGAAGAGAGCCCAGGCCGUCCCUCAGGAAGCCGCCAUGGGUCACGUGGCAGGCUACGCUCUCUGCCUGGACAUGACAGCCAGGGAUGUUCAGGAGGAGUGCAAGAAGAAAGGGCUUCCUUGGACUCUGGCCAAAGGAUUCAAUACCUCCUGUCCAGUGAGUGACUUUGUGCCCAAGGAGAAAGUCCCAGAUCCACAUCGGUUGAAGAUCUGGCUAAAGGUGAAUGGAGAGUUGCGGCAAGAAGGGAACACGUCGGGCAUGAUUUUCACCAUUCCGUACAUCAUCAGCUACAUCAGUGGAAUCGUCACCUUGGAAGAAGGAGAUAUCAUCUUAACGGGAACCCCCGAAGGAGUCUCUGCCGUGCAAGAGAAGGAUGAAAUAGAAGCCGGGAUUGAGGGGCUGCUGAGCAUACGCUUUCAGGUAGCGCGGCAGAAAAGCCGGCCCUGAUGCGUGGAAGUUCCUUUUCUCUGGAAGCAUCUAAGGCAGGUGCCUCCAACCUUGGCAACUUUAAGACUUGUGGACUUCAACUCCCAGAAUACUGGGAGUUGAAGUCCACAAGUCUUAAAGUUGCCAAGGUUGGAGAUCCCUGAUCUAAGGAGAUUCUCAGUCCUCCCGGUCACGGUUUGUCCCAAAGGUGCUUUUCCAAAAGGCAACUGGACUUCCUUGGUUUUUCCUUGAAGGUGUUUCACUCCGAAGAUGAAAAAGCACCUUUGGAGACUUUUCUCGGGAAGAAAAAAGAGGGUUUGUUGCUCACACAAAAGGCCAGAUUUCUUCCCUACCCUCCCACCUCCAAGAUGGAAAGUAGUAAUCUUUCAGAAGAGCUUUCAACGAUACGUCCUUCUCUCUCACAGAGUGCCACCACACAAUCUCUUGUGUACCAGAUACAGUGACUUUAUUUGCAAGAAUAUAGCAAUAUGCUGACAAACAUACACCAGUUGCCUACUUAAAGCAGAUAAACAGACCUUAAUACUGGAGUCCUUUUGUUAUGAUUUGCAGAUAAGAUAUCCUGGCUGUAUCCCUUUGGCAAGCUCAAGUUCAGGAGCUAUAUUGGUUGUCUAUUUCCUAUUUCUGGCUUGUUUGGAAAAGGCCAGCCUGUAACUAUAAAUAAAAAGCCUAUAUAUUUUUAAGACUGCAAAACACUUUAUAUCCUAUGGUUCUAAUCUACCUUCCUUAAAACCGUAACCAAGCAAUGAUGGAAUUUUGAGGCAAAUUGUAUUUUAUAUUAUGAGAUUCUUAAAAGCACUUUGAAAUGAA